UCCGGAUAUUUUAUGGCUUCACAUCCAAACAUUGCGUUGUUAAAAUGUGAGAAGAAGCACAGUGUUUUAGCACUGAAGUAAUGGAAGGUAUGGCAAAUAUUCAGAAACUAGCUAGACAAGCUUUAAAGACAUUCAAGACUGCCAGUGGAUUGCCCUUAAAAGAAAAUUUGGACUUGUUAAUGUCGAUGAUGGGUGCGAUUACUGCAGAAGAUGUAAACCUGACCCCUCCUACUAGGGAAAGGAGGUUGAGUUACCCAGGGGAAGCCCCUGUCUCACAUGUAGACAUACUAGAAUGCCCAUACUUUUCAAUGGCAGUGUUUAUCGUGAGCAAGGGUAGAAAACUUCCUCUUCAUGAUCACCCUGGAAUGUAUGGAUUUUGUAAAGUCUUAUAUGGCUCCAUUCAAGUUAAUAUGUAUGGAACGAUUGAUAGUGAACAUGAAAAUACAAAUGGAGCUGUGGCCAACCAUAAUGAAAUGGAACCUCGCAAAUUCUUAUACCAAGGAAAACACAUAUUUGACAGUGACAAUGGUGUUUGUGUGGUUAGCCCUAGUCAUGGAAAUUUGCAUUCAAUACAUGCAAUAAAUGGGCCAGCAGCCUUCCUGGACAUUUUAGGACCACCAUAUUCAACAGAGAAGGGACGGGAUUGCUUGUACUACAAAGAAUGUCAUCGCGAGGAUAUUGUGGAUAAACAGAGCAAUGUAAUAUAUUUGAAAGAGAUUCCAUGUCCACAAGAGUUCUUCUGUAAUUCACAGGCUUACAGAGGACCUGUGGUGAAAUAUGAAGACAUAAUGCAACCAGAGGAGGAGGAGUGAGGAUACAACGGAACAGUUGAGGAUACGUAUUACGUUAUCAGUUGGCAAGAGAGAAAUGACGAGGACGUUUUCAUGCCUGGAGCUCGUUAAAAGACCGACCCCUGCCUAUAAUAUAGUUUGUACGAGUGUAUAAAGUAUUUUACAAGUGUACAGAUGGUAAUAAAUUGAUG